UUCCUGUGUGAUUUCCUGGGUCCGGCUUGCAGAUCUCGGCCCCAUAAUGGCCACACGUUUCUUGGCUAUUCCCCCUGACACCUACUUCGGGACUUGACAACUUGGAAGCAGUUGUACGGAUUGGGCGUUCCAUCGACGCGUGGAGAGCGUCGACAGUGGAGCACUCGAACGAGCGACGAAUUUCAACACUGAUUUUUUGGCAGCACGACAACUACUCGCAUGCAGUACUGGGCUAGAGCAAAAAUGCCCUAUUUGGAUUUAUGUUAUAUCCCUACGGCGGUUCCUACUCACUUGAUCACUCAACUAUACAUCUAUUCCAAAGACGCCAAAAACCAGCAACAAUUCACUUUCACUCAUUCUCCAAACUUCGUUCUCAAACUUAGGCUUCUCAUCGGCACCUAUUUGCCAUGAUUCUCUCCCCUUUGGUUCAGUGGCUCUUGGUUGCUGGCGCCUCAGCCAUUCCCCAUGCCGAGAACAAGCGCGCUGCGACCAGCGACGUUACAAUUUAUGCCUACGGCAGCACCAUUGCUGGUCGACCAAUUCUUGCUGAUUCAAGCGGAAAUGCCUACGUCUCCAACGCUGAAGUUCAGCCUGCAAACCUAUCUUCCAUUACAUGGUCAAUUUCUCCUAAGGGUACGGCUGACUGGACUGUGACCCUCAACUCCACCAACAGCACCACCACAACCUCGGGGGUGUUCUAUAUCAUUCCAAGCGAUGAUUCCUACGAGCCCGUAGGAUUUGUGAUUAACGGGACCACUCCAUCUGGUACCGUUACCUCGGGUUUCUUGACUUACGGUUCAGUCGUCCAGUACAAAGCUGACAGUGUCUUGACUUCGGAGUUUUGGGCUGAGGAAAUUGAGGGUACCGACCAAUACUUGAUAAAGUGGAAUGCGGAUGGGUCUCACAAGGAUGGUGCUAUCCCUGUCACUUUGCAGACUACGGGCCCCUCCUAGGUCAAGUGCAUGGUGCGUGUAGAUUGAUAGAAAGGGUGACGGAAAUGUCGAGAGGGGUAUACACAUUGGCUUAGUUGUAUGCUAUUAUUGGUAAACUUGG